UAUGUAUAGGGUGGAAAUAGACGAUGAUGGUGAUGUAUACCUUACCUAACAUAUUGGUUUCUUGGUUUCUCCCUGGCCGCUGGGUGGCUCUCUCUGGUCGUUCAAUGCCGUUAUUUUCAUUUUGAAUCUGAUCAAAUCAAUCGUCUUCUUGUAUAUCUGGAUCGAUGAUGAUAUGAUCAGUACUCCCUCCCUUUCCAGUCCAAUCCAAGCCAAUCGCCUGUACAAAUAUUGAUCUCUUCUUCCACUUCCAGCUACCGCAUAGAUUGUAUUAAUAUUUGUCUUCCUUAAUUUUAUCUUUUAUCUCUCCUUUUCUUUUCCUUCUUCUUGUCCUCCUCUCCUCUCCUCUCCUCUCUAGUAGCUAGCUAGCUAGCUUACUAGCUAGGCACGACUCUUUCUUUCCUUCUGUUUUUUUCUUUUCAAAAUUGACCCACUCAUGCCAUUAGCCGAUAUUAAUCUUAAGUAUAUAAUGCUUUUUUCGUAAUUGACAGCCAUAACUAACUAAUUAACUACUACUAGUAAUGGGAUCUUGCUUUUCCAUCAUGGGGAAGAAGAAGAAGAAGAAGGAUACUGACGAUGACCCACUAUCCUUAUCAUCGUCAUCAAUCACUUCCACUUCUCAUUUUUGGAAGAAGAGAUCAUCAUCAUCAGCUACUAAUGCUAAUGCUGAUCCAAGUGUGCUCCUUCACAUUCCUGGCAGGCUCACCACCAAUGGAGCUACUAAACUGGGUUGCUUAUAUACUCAGCAGGGCAAGAAAGGCACCAAUCAAGACGCCAUGCUCUUUUGGGAGAAUUUCAGCUCAACCACAAAUGAUACCGUUUUUUGUGGGGUAUUUGAUGGUCAUGGCCCUUAUGGUCAUUUGGUCGCCAAGAAAGUUCGCGAUUCCCUUCCACUCAUACUCUCUACCCGCUGGAACUCUGCUCAACACAGCUGCCUUCCAAAUGCUCCCCCUGCAGCAGCAACCACAAAUUCUGAUGAAGCCGUGGAUGAUGAAUCUUUUGAUUCUUUGGAGGUCGAUGAAACUGAAAAACAACUCCCAGAUAUGUAUCUUCCACUUAAAAAGUCUUUAUUGAAGGCUUUUAAAUUAAUGGACAAGGAGUUGAAGUUGCAUCCAACAAUCGAUUGUUUUUGCAGUGGGACCACUGCUGUUACUUUGAUCAAGCAGGGCCAGGAUCUUGUUAUUGGAAAUGUUGGUGACUCCAGGGCAGUUUUGGCAACCAGAGACCAAGAUGACUCCUUGCUUGCUGUUCAACUGACAGUUGACUUGAAACCUGAUUUACCAAGGGAAGCUGCCAGGAUCCUGCAAUGUAAAGGAAGGGUCUUUGCGUUACAGGAUGAGCCAGAGGUUCCACGUGUGUGGUUGCCUAACAAUGACUCACCUGGUCUGGCAAUGGCUAGAGCUUUUGGGGACUUCUGCUUGAAGGAUUUUGGUUUAAUUUCCGUUCCAGAUGUUUAUUAUCGCUGCCUCACUGAGAGGGAUGAAUUCAUUAUUCUUGCUUCAGAUGGGGUUUGGGAUGUCCUCUCAAAUAAGGAAGCAGUUGAUAUUGUGGCUUCAGCCCCUGGCCGUGCAACAGCAGCUAGAGCUCUUGUUGACUGUGCUGUCCGAGCAUGGAGACUUAAAUAUCCAACAUCCAAGAAUGAUGAUUGUGCAGUUGUAUGCCUCUUUCUUGAACAUCUUUGUGCAGCAAAUGGAGAGGUAGAAGAGCAGGAUAAGAAAAAGAUUCUUAAGGAGCCUGGGGAGCAUUUUGUGACCAAUGAGAACGUUGGGCAGUUAGAAACACAAGAUGAUUCUUGUGGUCCUGUUUUUACACAUUCGAGUACCACAGAAGACUCUAAUGAGAUUGUACCUGUCUCUGAGCCGACGGUUGAAAAUCUUUCUGUGAAGUGCCUGGGUCCGUCCAACAGGAGCCUGGCAGAGUGCAUUUCAACUGCAGAGGAUGAGGAGUGGUCGGCCCUAGAAGGUAUCACAAGGGUUAAUAGUUUGCUGAGCCUUCCUAGGCUCUUGGCUGGUGACAAAAGAUCAGCCAGUUGGAGAAAAUGGAUAUGAGAAAUCUGAAGCCUCUACACGCUUUUAAUCUAAGCAAAUCUGAUUUUGAUGACGUCUUUGAAAUCAAGCUGAUGAAAUUUGUUGAUUUUGCAACUGUAUAUAGUUUGAAGUUGCUGGAGACAAAUUGAAAGGUCUCCCAGUAUAUUGAAAAGGGAUCGUUUUCUAAUUUUAAGUUGGUAUUUUCAUUAGAUCAGGUGAAUAUCCUACUGAGAAGAGUGGCCUCAUAGAUUUGGUUCAUGAUGUUAUUCAUGGAAUAUGACCAUAUGUUGUUUGUUGUAUUGCAAUCAAAUUCAUACUGACUUUUUUCUUUGAAUCUCUCUCAAAAAGCUAUUUGUUUGUGUGUCUUGCUUGACAAAUAAGAGAAUUUAAUAUUUGGAACA